AUGGAAAGACGUAAAGCAUGAUAACACAGUCACCUGGCUAGCUUUCUGUAAUUUUGCUAUCAACCCAAAAGAGUUCUGUUUUUUGGCAGCUGGCAGUGCCUUGAAAGGUCAGAGUGACAAGGGGAAGUAUGAGAAAAGCCAAAAUCUUAUGAACCACAUAGACAGUAUAAAAGCAACUUACACCAAGAGUUUUACAUCUAAGGAUGUUACAAAUAAGCAAAUUGCUGUCGCUACUUAUCUCAUUGAUAAACUGCGGUUAGGGCUGGAAAUGAGAAGGAUCAUGAAGAUGGCGUUGCCUCUUAGCGGAAAGAUCGGUAAAGAUGCUAAAGAUACAGUCCAGGAAUUCGUCUCUGAGUUCAUUAGCUUCAUCACCAGCAAACAUGGCCAGUGACAAGUGCCCGAAAGAGAAAAGGAAAACUGUGAAUGGUGAGGACUUGUUGUGGGCAAUGUCAACGUUAGGUUUCGAAGAUUACUUGGAACCCCUAAAGCUAUACCUUGCGAGGUACAGGGAGAUAAAGUUUCUGAAGCAUAACGUCAAGGCAGUCUCUUUGCAAUGGUGUGAUGCCUUCAAGCAAAAGCAAAAAGCCAGUCAGCAGAACAUUUAUUUUGAGAAAGCAGGUUUAAUUUUUAUGUAUUUUGAUUUUACUAGAACAAAAAGAUUGAGAGAUGAAAACAUUUGACUUUGGUUUAGAUACUGAGACAAUAGAUAAAACUUUUGUAAAACUAACACUUGGUUCAGCCUUUUAGUGAUUGGUCAAAUACAGGCAACAGAGGAGGUGAUGGGUUUUUAUCAGAGGAAGAGAUAAGAGCUAGAAGUAAUAAAAUGCUUGAGAACGACGAUAUGCAGCAGCUGCUGAGUUUUUUUUUCUUCCUAAAAUUGUGAUUGAGAAAAGAUAGUCAACAACCUAAAAUUUUAAAUUAUUAUUUGUUUAAAAAUACUUGAAAGUAAAUAAUGUAAACUAGAGUUUGAAUGUAAACAAAGAGAGCUUGGGGGUUGAUUUUUUUUGUGUUUGUAUUGGAAAAAACAGGUGGUUGUUCUUAGAGUGUCUUCACUGUCCAUGUAAAGGCUAUAAAGUAAAGUGAAG